UCCGCGCGCCUCUCUGGCAGCUGGUCACAUGGUGAGGGUGGGGGUGAGGGGGCCUCUCUAGCUCGCGGCCUGUGUCUAUGGUCUGGCCCGUAGCGUCCAGCUGCCCGGGACCGAUCCCCGGUGUAUGGCGCCGCAGGAACCGGCUCCCGGGCCCAGAUAAAGGGCCACCUCCCCAGCUCUCGGCCGGGCGUAAGGAGAUCCCCUGCUCCGAGAAUGGCAACCUCUCGGUAUGAACCAGUGGCUGAAAUCGGUGUCGGCGCCUAUGGGACGGUGUACAAGGCCCGGGAUCCCCACAGUGGCCACUUUGUGGCCCUCAAGAGUGUGAGAGUUCCUAACGGAGGAGGAGCUGGAGGGGGCCUUCCCAUCAGCACAGUUCGUGAGGUGGCCUUACUGAGGAGGUUGGAGGCCUUUGAACAUCCCAAUGUUGUACGGCUAAUGGAUGUCUGUGCUACUUCCCGAACUGACCGAGACAUCAAGGUUACCCUAGUGUUUGAGCACAUAGACCAGGACCUAAGGACAUACCUGGACAAAGCCCCGCCUCCAGGCUUGCCAGUUGAGACCAUCAAGGAUCUGAUGCGGCAGUUUCUAAGCGGCCUAGAUUUUCUUCAUGCAAAUUGCAUUGUUCACCGAGACCUGAAACCGGAGAACAUCCUGGUGACAAGCAAUGGGACCGUCAAGCUGGCUGACUUUGGCUUAGCCAGAAUCUACAGCUACCAGAUGGCCCUCACCCCUGUGGUUGUCACGCUCUGGUACCGCGCCCCUGAAGUCCUCCUGCAGUCCACCUACGCCACACCUGUGGACAUGUGGAGUGUUGGCUGUAUCUUCGCGGAGAUGUUCCGUCGAAAGCCUCUCUUCUGUGGAAACUCGGAAGCCGAUCAGUUGGGCAAAAUCUUUGAUCUGAUUGGGUUGCCUCCAGAAGAGGACUGGCCUCGAGAGGUCUCUCUGCCCCGAGGAGCCUUUUCCCCGAGAGGGCCUCGGCCAGUGCAGUCGGUGGUGCCGGAGAUGGAGGAAUCCGGAGCACAGCUGCUGCUGGAGAUGCUGACUUUUAACCCACAUAAGCGGAUCUCUGCCUUCCGGGCCCUGCAGCACUCUUACCUCCACAAGGAAGAAAGUGACCCAGAGUGAGGAGUAGCUGGCUGCCUUUCCUCGUCUCUGGACACCGAGCACGAGACUCAACCUCUGCCUUCCUCUGGGGCUGUGGAGACUCCUCCAGUUUUUUACAGAGAAUAUUUUAAGCCUUAAAUGACAUUCCCUUCCCCACUUCUCCUUAGGAGGCUUACCCUCUUGCCCCCCGAUUCUCUACACUAAAGGGCGGGUGUAUCUGUCUUCUCCCCUCCCUGAUUUAUAUUGGGAUCUUUUUUAUACAGCAAAACAAGACAAAGAAAUAUGGUCUUUUCUUUAA